UUCUCUCACAGAAAUCUAUAUAGGGAGAAGCCUAACUUCCCUAAUAGGAAUCUAUCCAGAGAGAAGCCUAACUUCCCUAACAGGAAUCUAUCCAGAGAGAAGCCUAACUUCCCUAACAGGGAUCUAUCCAGAGAGAAGCCUAAGUUCUCUUACAGGAACCUAUAUGAGGAGAAGCCUAAGUUGACUCUGCCCUCACCUCUCCUGUCCAAUCAAGCCGCCAUUCCCUUGAGUGAGGACCCUCCUUUGUCGAGAUCCAAGGAGAGGCACAUGCAGGCACUCGGCCGCUGGGAGUCUGGCAGAGCAGGGAGUGUGUCGAGCCUGAAGGGCAGCGAUGAACGUCCUUCUCGACCGGACUUCUUUGGCCCGACUCGCGGAGGAGGAGGAGGAGGACCCGCUGGACACGGGAGUCCGUAUCAAGGAGGAGCUCAACGAAUGCGAAGAGAGGGACUUGGAUAUUAAGGAGGAACCACACGACGACGGAGACGAAGCGAGGGAGGGAGAGAGGGAGGGAGCGAGGGAGCGAGCGAGCGAGGUGGAAGUGAAGCACGAAUUUCUCUUCUCGAAGGAUCUCCACGGCUUCAGACGCGGAGCAAAAGGAACGGACUUGGGUGAUUUUGCCGAAUCGUCUGACCGGGACGAGGCAGGACACGCCGGAAAUCACGAGGAGGUUAUAUGCGGAAACGCGGGAAGGAAACUGAAGUGUUUUAUAUGCGAGGUGUGCGGCAAGACUUUCUACAGGAGAGCGUGUAUAAAGGUCCACAUGAGAGUACACACAAAGGAGAAGCCCUACCGCUGUGAGAUUUGCCACAAGGACUUCUCGGAUAAGUCCAACCUCGUAAACCACGUGAGGGUGCAUACGAAGGAGAAGCCCUACCGCUGCGAGAUUUGCAACCAAGCCUUCUCGCACAGAAAUAGCCAGGUCAAGCACAUGAGAGUCCAUACGCAGGAGAAGCCCUACCGCUGUGAGAUUUGCCACAAGGACUUCUCGGAUAAAUCCAACCUGGUGAAACAUAGGAGGCUACAUACGAAGGAGAAGCCGUACGUCUGUGAGAUUUGCCACAAGACCUUUUCGCAGAACAGUGUCCGAGUGAUACACAUGAGGGUACAUACCAAGGAAAAGCCAUACAGCUGCCAGAUUUGUAACAAGUCCUUUUCACAGACUAGUUCCCGGGUGAUACACAUGAGAGUCCAUACAAAGGAGAGGCCGUACGUCUGUGAUAUCUGCAAUAAAGCCUUUCCGUCCAAGAGCGAACUGGUGAAGCAUAUGAGAGUACAUACGAAGGAAAAGCCAUACAUCUGUGAGAUUUGUAACAAAGCCUUUUCACAGAAAGCUAAUCUAGUGAGUCAUAUAAGAGUACAUACCAGGGAGAAGCCGUUCAGCUGUGAGAUAUGUAAUAGGGACUUCGCUCUGAAAAGUGGCUUAGUGAAGCACAGGAGAGUACAUACAAAGGACAAGCCCUAGACCUGCAAGGUUUCCAACAAAACCUUCUCAAGAACACACAAAGGAUUCUCUAAGAAAUAUGAGAUUACGUAAAGUAGAAACCACACAGGCAUUCUCUCUGAGAGAAAGAAAACUUCUGUGUUUGUGUAGGUCUGAACACAUAUGAGGUCUGUAGGCAUACCUUAACCAGAGAAGAUAUUUUCAUAGGCCACUGAAAGUCAUCGAGAAAAGCUAGGCAUUCUCUCUGAGAGAAAGAAAACUUCUGUGUAUGUGUAGGUCUGAACACGUAUGAGGUCUGUAGGCAUACCUUAACCAGAGAAGAUAUUAUUUGACCAGAUGCAUCAUAGAUAUUAAAAGUAGAUAUUAAGAGUUAUCAUAUGAUUUGUGUCGUAUUAUGUUAUUCUUAAUGUGUUGUUUUGUCAAGUUGGAUGAAGUUUUAAGCAUCAUGACCUGUAUUUUCGUCUCCAUAGGCUUUUUUUUUUAUCCAUAGACACGUAUGUCUGCUGCCACUGACCACGGGUGAACAGAAAUAUCCACAAAUGUUCACAGCGUUCAAAGAUGCUCCUCCCACUCAUCAAUAAUGAAUUGAUUUUACUUUAUUUUUAUUCCAUUUGUGACAAUGGAUAUGCUUGGUGUGACAUUCUGUCUGUUUCAUUUUGCUCCUAAAUAACCCCCUGUGUGCAAGGAGAGAGAGAGAGAGCGAGAGAGCGAGAGAGAGCGAGAGAGCGAGAGAGCGAGAGAGCGAGAGAGCGAGAGAGCG